AUGCAGAGCAAGCAAGCCGUUGCAGUCGUUGAUCUCGUUCUCGCAAUUCGCAGAGCAGCCAGAGUCUGGCAGAGUCUGGCAGCAGGUGCUCGCGCAGCAAAGGAGGCUUCUGGCGAGGCCGGGCCAAGAUGCGGACGGCUGGGUCCGGUGCUACACAGCAAUGCAGCGGUCGUUGCUCCAAGACAAGGGGGCCACGAGUCGAGUCGGGUCGAUUCGAGUGCGAGGCACCACGGCGGGAGCAGCGAAGCGUCUGAGGGCGAGGCGACGGCGCAAGCAGAGGGUCGAUCGAGAGGAGAAACUGGCGGAGGAGAAACUGGCAACGAGCUGGAGAUGGGGAGUGGGAGAGAAGGCGGCCAAAAUGCCUGUAGAAGCAGGUACCAGGGACUGGCCACGCCAAAGGAGCCCCCCCAUGGUCCCCUAAAACAGGUACGGCGAGUACGCUGA